AUGGGUUGUGGGAUACCAAAACACAAAGGAUUACUCGAAAACUCAAUGACUUUAAAAAAUUAUAGUGCUAGAACAAAUCACUUUCAAGAACUUUCAAGUCACAUAAAAGAUUUGAUGCUUAAGAAAAAGAGGAAAAGAUACAUCAUCAGAGUUUUUACCCCUGAUACUAUAGGGUUAAACGAUGAUUCAAUCACUUUAUAUAAAUAAAAUGGCAUUCGGUUCAAGUGAAAUUAGUUCUGCUAAUUUUCUCUCCCUCAAGCAAUUUUAUCUAUGGGAUUAGGCUUUCCUCUGAGAACUUCUGUACAGCAAUAGCAGUUUAGCUCUGGGAGAUAAGCCGAGGCACUGCUCCAAAUACUUCAAGAGACUCGAAGUUUACCUCUCAGCACACCUGAGGAAGGGGACCAUUAUGCGGAACACGCGCAAGAGCUGAGUCAAAGAAGUUAAGGCAACUCAGCCCAUCGAAGCCGGAACGCUAUAUUUGCUCGUGCCCUGGUGCAACAAAGUGGAUCGAUCCAGAGGCGUUACGAUACGUGGACAAAUAUGGCGGCAGCUCUGGGAAACGGCUACCCUGUAGUGAACGUUAAACAUUAUAAAUUUAAUAAGAUAAGAUUCAAUCGCUUUACCGCUGUCAAAAUCAAGGUAA